GCGCCAACGCGAACUUUGUCAAUGGGAUGGAUGUGAACAGGCACAACUGGUAAACUCGAUGAUCAAUGACGCUGAUAACGUCAAUGGCGUCGGUAACGGUCAAUACUGGGUUACGGUGACUCCUCCUUCUCUUUACACUCACUAG